AGUAACACUUCUCCGCAGAGCCAAAGGUUGAGCUCUUUGGUGGGAGCGGGGGGAGAAAGGGGGGUAGCCCGGCCACAUUUUAUUUUAUUUAUGGUUUCCCCAGUCGGGCAGCUUUGUAAACGUAAAAAGUGGAGUUGAUUCUGUGCGCUAGAAGUCGUUACAUGAGGUGAGGAUUACUACGUUACAUCGCCGGCGGCUCGUCGGCGGCAAGCGGAGUCCGUGGGCCGGUUGGUGAAAUUUAUGAGUUCCGAGUCGAAGGUUUUUCCUCAGGAGGGAACACACAGGGAAUGUCGGAAGAGGCUGUACGUCAGACACGCAGCCAGAAGAGGGCGCUGGAGAGAGAGGCUGCCCCGCAGAGUACCGGGCCCACUGGUGCCGACAAUGACAGCAAAAAGCCUAAAUUGGACCCGACUCACCCUGAGACAGAGACUCAGAACGAACCCGCGACUGACGUUUUACUGUCACAGGACAUUCAGAGCCAGACCAGACCUGGAUCGGACCACGGGAAGGAACAGGAGGCCGAGCAGGGCCCGCUGUUGUCGUCGUCUUUAGCGUUGCCUUUGACCUCUCAGCCAGAUACGGAGGAUCGGACACAGAGACAGCAGAUGGUUGAAGCCAACUCAGACAAUCGGACUGACUGCAAUGACAGAACCAAGAAGGUGAAGGCGGAGGCGCCUGCGGAUAUGAGGAGCCGGGUCCCGCAGUCGGAGCAGAAGGUGCCCGGUGGCAUGUUGGCUGCAGGCGAGGUGAAGGCCACCAUUAAGGUUGAGGUUCAGGCGGAGCAGCCUGUGGACAUGAGCACCUCCAAAAGUAUAAAAAGGGAGAAGCGAGCGCCGUCCCCUGAAGAUGACGACGUUAUCAUCCUGUCAGAUAAUGACUCUCCCAGUCCACCGGUGAACGGCCUCAGUCACUUUAAAGAGCUGGACACAGACCUGCUCAUGAAGAGCAGCCCUGCAGAGAGGGAGCGCAUCAUUAAGCAACUGAAGGAGGAGCUGAGACUGGAAGAGGCCAAGCUGGUGCUGCUAAAGAAACUCCGACAGAGCCAAAUACAGAGGGACACUCUGCAGAAGCCGUCUGGAUUAUCCAGUUCCACUGCUCCUCCUCCCCUAAUUCGAGGAACGAUCACAAGCAAUAAAGGCUCUCAGCAGAUCUUGACUGCAAGAAGUUCGAGCACAGUCAUCCCGCCUCCUCUGGUACGAGGAGGGCAGCAGGUGUCGUCCAAACACGGCUCCCAGAUCAUCAUGCCACCUCUGGUAAGAGGAGCACAGCCCAUCUCUGUGUCUCCACAGCAGAUCCAGGCUCUCCGCCAGCAGCAGCAACAGCAGCAGUUGGCCGCAACCGGUGGGUCGGGAUCAGGACCUCCUCCCUUGCUCUUGGGCCCCAGGACCUCAGCCUCUUCGUCCCAGGGUCAGAGGGGCCUGGUCCAAUCCGGCCUCAUGAGAGUCGGCGGCAGCACACUGGCGUCACCUUCCGGUAUGAAGGGCUCGUCCUCAGGAGGCAGCGGCGUGUCCGUGGUUGGCGUCAAUGACUCUCCUGCCAGCAGGCAAGCUGCAGCUAAACUGGCCCUGCGGAAACAACUGGAGAAGACCCUUCUGGAGAUCCCCCCACCCAAGCCCCCCGCCCCCGAGUUUAACUUUCUGCCCUCGGCAGCCAAUAAUGAGUUCAUCUAUCUGGUCGGGCUGGAGGAGGUGGUGCAGAAUCUGCUUGAUACCAUCCACAGAGGAAAGACUGGUUCUCUUCCGACCAAGCUAGGAAACAGAGAGCCCUUUAUCUGCUCCCAGUGCAAUACUGACUUCACCUGCCGCUGGAGGCAGGAUAAGGCUAAAGGAGGGGUGGUGCUCUGUGAAGACUGCAUGUCUUCCAACCAGAAGAAGGCUUUGAAAGCCGAGCAUACGAAUAGGCUGAAAGCUGCGUUUGUGAAGGCACUGCAGCAAGAGCAGGAAAUAGAGCAGCGCAUAAUUCAGCAGGCGUCCUCACCGGUCUCCCACAGUACCUCUUCAUCGUCUUCAUCCGGCUCCUCGCUGAAGGCGGAGCAGCUGGUGGCUCAGCAGCUGAAGCAGGUUCAGGCUCGAGUGUCCUCCCUGCAGCACCAUCACCAGGUCAGCCAGGCAGCCAGCCUGGUUCAUCAUCACUCCAUCAAGCAGAGCUCCAAGGGCCAUCUGUCCCAUGGUGUGGGAGUCAGAGGCAUCCCCCACUCCUUCUCCUCCUCCUCCCAGCUGCAGAGUGCAGUGGCCGCCGCAGCCCUGGUCAGCCGGCCAGGUAAGCAUGCCCAUGUUUCCCACCGCUCUGUCCAGAGUUCAAAGGUGAGCAGCAGUGGAAUCGGCGGGAGCAGGAAUGUCAGCGGAGGUAGUGCCUCAUCUACUGCAUGGAAGAAGCAGAGCAACAGCAAUACAGGAGUGACCAUGGCCUACGUGAACCCCAGCCUGACGGGUCACAAGACUUCCGCCACAGUAGACGCUCGUCAGAGGGAGUACCUGCUGGACAUGAUCCCCUCUCGCUCGUCCAUCUCGCAGACUGCAAACACGUGGAAAUAACUCGAUUCAAAGUACUCUCCUGCCCAGAAUUAGUUUAUGUCAAAGUUCCUCUGCUACAAUAUAAUGAUCCACAGCACCCCCGCAGGACCGAUAAGCAACUGCAGUCUUUCAACGUUCCUGAAUCACCUUUGUAUGCUUUUUAUUUCACCAUUUCUGUUGUAUAUUUUGAAGUUUGCUGUUCUUUGAUAACUAUGCAGAAACCAUUUUUCACCUGAGUGGGGCAAAAGAUAGAACAUUACUUGAAGGGCUUCCCCUGGGCUCUAUUCUCCAUGUUCUGUAAUCUGUUAGGAGACGUGUGUGAGUCCUCCGUUUAAGAACCAGGACUCUCCUUUAGACUCAUUAGCUCCCUUCUGCCAUAAUGUGGGUCAAACGGACCCGGUCUCUGACACUUGAAUGGCUUUUGUCACACUCUAGAGUUUCCAUUCAACACACAUGUUUAUUUUAAGCAAAACAAAUAAAUAAAAAUAAGUAACCAAGUUGUAAAAUUUCCAUUAAACCACCUCUGUAGUUAAAGGUUUGACUUUAUUUUGUAUUUGCAGUAAGUUAUUUGUUUUAUGACUGAGGUGAAAAUUCCCUCAGUUUGGUUUCCACUGAUGAAGAGUUUAUUCUAGCUUCGUCUUUUUUUUUCUCCUCCUGUUUAACAGCAUGAUUAUCUUUCUGCCCGUUUUGCACCUUAGGUGAAGAAGCGCGGUGUCAUUGGUCAUCUGUAAUUAUUACCAUAUGUAAUUUGCUUAUUUUAUAUUGAUGUCAACUUUGUACGAUUAUUUUUGAGUGUUACAUCACUGAGAAAUGCAAAACUCUGAAGGAGCUGAUUUUUGCCACACUCAAAUCAGAGACCUUGCCUUUGACAUUGAUCUACAGUCCCUGACGUGGGACAUAUGCAGUCCUCCUGAGUUACUUCCUGAAGGAAUUCCCACCUGCCGAGAUUUUGGAUUACACACAAAACCAUUUUGAAUUCUUAACCAUGUUGCUUUUUUUUCCUGCUUUCCAAUAUUCUUACUUGCAUCAUUCAGACUUAUGUUGACAUUUAUUUGGUUUAUUUUUUCUUAGCUCCUAAAGAAAUAAAAAAAUUAUAAAUUUUAAAA